UCUCCGGUAUGGGUAGUCGUGUUACUCCUCAACUUUUUACCGGAGAUUUUCCCACUGUCACUGCACAUUCGACACGGUUUACAUCAGCUGGAAAUGGAUUUCUGAUCGGAAUAAGCCGAAAGUGAGCCCGACGACAGUUAAUUCGACCGUUUAGAUUCAUUUUUUGUUGUUCGAGUUGUUGAAGGAAGAGGGAAAAUGCCAGUUGCAACUCUUCUGCCUUUUACCGCGACCCCGAAUAGGAAGUCUGCCAGCCCGACCUCCUUUAGGUUGACGGAGAAAUUUAUCUUGUUAUUAGUGUUCAGCGCUUUUAUAACCCUGUGCUUCGGGGCCAUUUUCUUCCUACCGGACUCGUCUAAGCUGCUUAGCGGAGUUUUCUUUCAUUCCUCCGCGGUGGAGACCAACACCCGCACCGGUCCGGACAGCAGCUACUCAGGUUCGGCUGGAAACGACGAGAAGUUCCUGGCCAAAAUCAGGAAAGACCACGAAAAGGCUCUAUUGGAGGCCAAGGAUACUCUACAAAAGCGGCCCGACCAGAUAAAACAAGACAUUCAGACUGAGAAGGAGAAAGUUGUAAUGGAGGGUAUGGGUCAAGGUGGGAAGGAUGUCAAUAAUUUACCUGUCGUCGACUACCACCGUCCGCCCGGGGCGACUGGACACGAACCCCUGGACCCCGAGACCAGGGACCGGCGGGCUAAAGUCAAAGAGAUGAUGAAACAUGCGUGGGACAGCUACAGGCGCUACGCCUGGGGUUCCAAUGAGCUCAGGCCUGUCUCCAAGCAAGGCCACUCCAGCAAUCUAUUUGGCAGCAUUAAGGGGGCGACGAUCGUGGAUGCCCUGGACACCCUCUACAUCAUGGAAAUGUUCGAAGAGUUCGACGCUGCGACCGACUGGGUGGAGAAGAACCUCGACUUCAAUAUGAAUGCGGAGGUGUCUGUGUUUGAGGUGAACAUCCGGUUUGUUGGAGGUCUGCUGUCUGCCUACUACCUGUCAGGGAAGGAGGUGUACCGUAGAAAGGCGGUGGAGCUCGGUGAAAAGCUGCUGCCAGCCUUCAAAACACCCACUGGCAUCCCCUGGGCUCUGCUUAACCUCAAGAGCGGCGUCGGCAGGAACUGGCCGUGGGCGUCCGGCGGCAGCAGCAUCCUGGCUGAAUACGGCACCCUGCAUCUGGAGUUCAUGCACCUCAGCAAACUGUCGGGGAACCCUGAGUUUGCACAGAAGGUUAUGAACAUCCGGAAAGUCCUGAAUCGCCUGGACAAGCCUCAGGGGCUGUACCCCAACUACCUGAACCCCAACAGUGGCCAGUGGGGCCAGCAUCACGUGUCUGUGGGUGGCCUUGGUGACAGUUUCUAUGAGUACCUGCUGAAGGCGUGGCUGAUGUCUGACAAGACCGAUGAGGAAGGCAAGAAGAUGUACUAUGAUGCCCUGCAGGCCAUAGAAACCAACCUGAUGAGGAAGUCGAGCGGCGGGCUCACCUACAUAGCCGAGUGGAAGGGCGGGCUUCUGGAGCACAAGAUGGGUCACCUGACCUGUUUCGCGGGCGGCAUGAUCGCCCUGGGUGCUGAUGGGGCCCCCGGCGACAAGACGGGCCACCAGAUGGAGCAGGCGGCCGAGAUCGCCCGGACCUGCCACGAGUCUUACGCCAGAACGGGCCUGAAGCUGGGCCCGGAGGCGUUUCGUUUCGACGGCGGGGUCGAGGCCAUCGCCACCCGCCAGAACGAGAAGUACUUCAUCCUCCGCCCCGAGGUCAUAGAGACCUACAUGUACAUGUGGAGGUUCACCCACGACCCCAAAUACAGGGAGUGGGGCUGGGAGGCCGUUCAGGCUUUGGAGCAGCACUGUAAAGUGGAAGGAGGCUACAGCGGCGUCAGAGACGUCUACGCCUCGAGCCCGAGCCACGACGACGUCCAGCAGAGCUUCUACCUGGCCGAGACGCUGAAGUAUCUCUACCUGCUCUUCUCCGACGACGACCACCUACCGUUCGACCACUGGGUCUUCAACACCGAGGCUCACCCCCUGCCGGUCAUCAGGAAGGACAAAACAGACAGACCCAACGAGGUGGAGUAGUGGACGCCCGGAACGAGUGCGAGAACCUCUGAUCCUGUAAACCUGAGCCUCCAGCUGUCUGACUGAGAACAGUUUAGCCAUUUGGAGUCCCCAGUGGUCGAGAUGCCUCCUGAUGGGAUAACAAGUUGAUUUUUAAUGGGAUCAAACAGAGUUCGGGCCCCCCGGCUCUGAAUUCUUGCUGUAGAAUCCAGAUUUGUGUUUUGCUUUUGUUUCGUUGGGCUCUGGUCGAGACGUCGAUCCGGACCGACGCGUUUCCUGCCGGAUAGCUCGUCAAACGCUGCAGCGACGCCGUCAGAGAGUUAAACCCUCUCUGAAGACGUCACUGCACGAAGUUUAUUUUGUUUUAACUCAUGGGGAGGGACAGUCUGACGGCUUCUCACCAUCCAUCAGUGAUUUUGUUGUUCGUAGCUGCAGCUCCGCCCGGUCUUUGAGAACGCCGACAGACCUGAACCGGGCGCCUCUAACGUGGACCCAGAAAAACUCUGACGUGGCGAGCUAAAGGACGCUCGCUCGUUCGCGUCACGCACGUCGUCUUUUCCUUCUGCUGUACCGCUUCAGUGUCUGAACAGAACCCGGUUUCCCUGCAACAACGCCGGAGCCGCCGCCGCCGCCACCUCCGCCCGACCUCUGCAUCGUCUUCUCGGAAACAUUUCUAAAAACUGGCGGCUGUCUCUAUGGGCGUGAAGGAAAGACGCAGCACAACCCGAGCCUCUUUUUCUAAACCCCCAGAACCGAACUGAAGCUUCUUCCUCCUCGAACAAUCAGCGGCUCUCCACCUGCCAGUCGUUUCAGCUCCUCCCCACGACGUUUACACGCCACUGUCCCUCUUCUUCCUCUGCUGCUUCAUCUCUGUCGCCAUUCGUUCCUCCGCUUCACUUUUCUUUCUGGGGUUUGAUCGAUGCAGGUUUGAGGUUUCCCCCCUCAGGAUUUCAUUUGUCUCUCAGCAGGAAAAAAAAGCUCCUUAUUAGUGAUUUCAUGGUUUGGAAAGAAAAUAAUACCAAGAAAAAAAAAUCUCACUCAAGCUCCACUUUGGUGGAGCUCUCGACCACGUUUCAUGGUCUUCCUCAGCAGAUAGUUGAGUGGCAGAAUAAACCUUCAUGCUCGGUAUUAUUGUUCCAUUCAGAUCUUUGAAAUUAAGAAAUUAAACCUUCCUGAAAUUUGAACAUUUGUUUGCAGAAAAAGGAAUUUUUCGACCCUUUUAGAUCGACUGAAGAGGAUCCUGCUGGAUCACAUUCGACGGCGAACCUGCGUAUUGGUCCAACCCUCUUUUUCCCCGUUGAAUCGCUUCUUCUCGUCUCCGUCCUCCGGUUUGGGCGUCGGCCGGCUGUGGGAUCUUCUCUCCUCUAUGAGGAGACGCGGACACUCGACUUUGCUGUAAUAUUUCACCGUCACUCAAACGCUCACACAAGAAGCCAUACUGAUCCUCCACAGCUUUACCACGAGCCGACACGCACUGCGUCGCUGUUAUAUGUUGUUCGUUCUGGUCGGAUUUUACGGUGAAGAUUUGUCCCGGCGCCACACAGAACCGUAGCCAGAUAAAAUCAGUUUAGUCUUCUUAGUGCCUUCACUGCUGAAACGGAGUCGGAGGGAAAAGCAGCUCACGCAAACACAAAAGAGUCAAGUGUUAAAUCGUCUUAGAGCUUUAAGUGAAGUUCCUCUGUCUCAGAUGAGGAUUUUACCAAACUUAGAAACUGAUUAAAGGAUAAUUCCUGCUUUUUAGUUCAAUAUUCGAUCUAACUCUGGCUUGAAAGUAGCCUGAGAGCUGGUGAGAACUUGGCUUCUUUGUGAUUAAUGGGAGAUCAAACCAUCUGAGGAUCAAAUCAAAUGAUUUAAAAUGAAAAUAAUAAGUAUUUUCUGCUACAUCAUGUGUCUCCUGACUCCUAGUUUGACCAACAUCUGCCAGGAACCAGUCGAGCUCCCGCUCAGCAGUUAUUUCCUUGACUACACUGACAUCUAGUGGUGAGAGCUUCCAAUUACAGCCUGCGGGAGUCUGAGCGGACAGAAACAUCAUGGAACAGUCAGUUAUAUACAUGCGAUUCCAGGUGAAAACCUCCUGAGAAAACAGCUUUCAGGUGUUGUUAAAAUCACAUCUGGUCCUGUAAUUAGAGAUCUGAGCUCUGAGAAAACCCCUGAAUUCAAACACAAGCCUGGAUCUUUAGGCGCUGCAGUUGAUCGAUUAGAGGAGCUUCAGUCAUUAGCUUUGCAGGUAUUCAUCAGUCUGAGUCUUUAUCGUGUAUAUUGUGAUGUGUCACAGAAAGGUGUUGUAUGAGAACUCUGUGCAGCUUUAAACAGACGGAUCGGACGGUUCGUCUUCAGAGAGCUCAGUCUGAACCACUUUGCUGGGCUCAUGGGUUUUUGGUAGCUACCAAUAUUCACCAAAACCUGCCCAGAUGGAUUCGUGGGUAGAUUUUUUGUCCCCAUACAUCCUGAAUGUGUUAUUUCCUGCUGCAAGAUGAUGCCGAUCAGGUCCUCAAGCAACAAGAAGAGCUCAUAAAACCUUCAGAUUUAGAGAAACUAAAGAGAAAAAUGCAAAAAAAACCCAAGAAACUUCAAAGUGUUUGUGCUGCAGAACAUCCUCAUAAAUCCAGUUUAAUCCCACAUGAUGUUGUGUUCAUCUGAUUCUGACCUGGUUGUAAUUAUUCAGCAUGAAACGAGUCCUGUGUGAGGACCAGCACGCACACAUUUAGCGUGGCGUUGAGCUCCUGAGCUGAGAGAAAUCCCUCCACGUUCUUUCUAUCACUGUACAGACGACGUGUGUUCGUGUUUAAUCUGUGUUUGCUUCACUUUCUUGGUUUAGAGACAUUUUAUUAUCCAUGUGAAGUUUUAUUGUAAUGGUUGAUUUUGCAGAUUGUGUUAAUUUAUUCUGUAGACUUGGAGGGUUUGUGAGCUGACCCCCAGGUGGCGCUGUGGGUGUAAAUGCACCCUAAAUAGAAGCUUUGCAGCUUUUUUUUGUGUGUGUUUGGAUAUUUAUCUUCCAGACAAUCAGUGAUGAGCUGCUGUCUGAUUAUACCACCAAUGAAUUCCAGGUGUUUUUAAAGGUAACGAUAAUGUGGUUUAAUGGCAGAAAGAAGGCAAAGACCCACCUGGGAGUCAGUGAGACGCCCUGACCAGAGGAAAGGACUCGUAUGAAUGUACCAUCCAAUGUGAAGUGAAGAAUAUUUGAAAAGUUUUUGUCCUCUUCUGUUCGUUCUCUGUGCUUCUGUUGUUGUUGAGUUUUUCUUUUAUCUUGGAAAGCACAAAAAGUUGAAUCGUCGCGUGCAGACGGAGGAAAGUCUGCAGGCCAUCAGAGGACGUGACGGACGUCUCGCUGUUUCUGACGACAGGAAAUGGUCCAGAUCUGAUUCACAUUUAUGUUUGUCGUUCAUGCCUCCGAGGAUCGGACAUAUAAACACCAACAUGUAGGGAUAUUCAGCGUUAUAGUACAAACCAGAUCCGCUCAGAAUUUGUGUUUUGUGAUGUUGAAAGCUGCAGGUUGUAGCGAGCAGUGCUGCAGCGUCCCUCAGACUCCAUUCUAAACACAAAGGCCCAGCCCGGCGUUGGUAAAUACUGAAAAUGACUUCCUGUUUAAGGUAAUCAGCUCGUGCUAAGCUAGUUUCAUUCAGUUCAUCUGUUGGUGAAGCAUCAUUAGAUCAUUUGAUAUGAUAAACAGCUGUUUCCAUGGUGAUUUAUGAAUGAUGGCGUGAAGCGGCGGCCACGUUCCCUCCUUUUGAUUGAGUCGAUUGAUGAUUGAUCCAUCCAUUGGUCCAGGUGCAGUCACACCUGUCAUCUGGACUCAAAGGGCUGAUCCCGAGUGUUCCCCGGCGGGACGUCAGACGUUUCGCAGCUGGGACACAUGAAGCCCCACAUGUGUUUCUGUAGGGGCCCUUUAACUGGAAGAGUUCAUGUUUUCUCCUCUCGUGAUCCAGUCGCUUCACCGAUGAAUGGUAGGAAACAGCAGAAUGUAUCUGUCAGCGGGGAGUCCGCUUCAGCUUCAGCUUCAGUCAGUCUGGUUCUGUUUUGUUCUAUUCGUUAAAAGGUUUAAUUGUUUUUUGGUGAUUUUCUGGAUCUCCGUGUUGACGAUCUGUUGCGUUCCGAUGCCUUCUAUUGGUGAAUAUUAAAGGGGAGCUCCACCUUUUUAGGAAUUCAAAACCAAGUCUGUCCUUGCAGAUGACUGAGCGAGACUGAGUCCAGGACUCCAACAGUCCGACCUUUCAAAAAGGCGGCGUUUCCCUUCAAAGGUUUAAUGUGUGAAACCAACCUCAGAAAUAUAUCUGUACAGAAAUUGCUGAUAAUCAUUCCAUUGCACAUAGUUUACUUUGCGUUUAUAUGCAAUAUUUUAAUUUUGUGGGGAAAUCUGUUUUAUUGUGUUAAUAUUAUUAUUGAAAAAUGUAAAUAUUCCAUUCCGGCAGGUGAGCCGUUCGACAUUUAUAUAAAAAUCUUCUGAGUUUAUGGAUUAAAAUGAUAUUAAUAAGCAGCAGACUUUUUAAUAAACUAUAUUUGUUACACUUCUAUUGUGAAUAAAAAAGUCU